UUGUGUACCAGACGGUGAGCGCUCACGACUCACGUGUGUCGACAAGUAUGGUCUUCAAGAAAAACAAAAGCUUUGCUAGCUCCUUACGAACUUCAGUCUGACGUCCAUUUGACGAGCGGAGGAGCUAUGAAGAAACACCACAGUCCCACCAAGCAGCAGCAGCUGGCGGCGACAGACGUCCCGGCGGCGACGACGACGGCUCCGGGCGGCGAGGUGACUGUUCAGCAACUCAACGAGCUCCUGUCCAACGGCAGCGGCUUCUACAGCCUUCCGACGCAGCACUUCAACGAGGUCUUUCCGAGGAUUUACAUCGGCAACGCGUUCGUGGCCCAGAAUGCAAUGCGUCUGCAGAAACUGGGAGUGACCCACGUGCUCAACAUGGCGGAGGGCACUUCUUUCAUGCACGUCAACACCAGCGUCGACUUCUACGCGGGCACGGGUAUCACGUACCACGGCAUCCAGGCCAACGACACCGAGCAGUUUGACCUCAGUGCCUUCUUUGAGGAGGGGGCCGAUUUCAUUGACAAGGCCCUCGCACACAAUAAAGGGAAGGUGUACGUACACUGCAGAGAAGGGUACAGCCGCUCGCCCACCAUGGUGGUGGCUUACCUCAUGCUGCGCCACAAGAUGGACGCCCGGCAAGCGGUGGCCACCGUGAGACAGAAGAGGGAGAUCGGCCCCAACGACGGAUUCCUCCGCCUGCUGUGCCAACUCAACGAGAAGCUGGUCAAGGAGGGCAGGCUGAACGGAGAGGUGGGCAAACUAAAGACCAAAUGAAAACCUCCCAUCAUGCCUUUCACUGGUUUCUGCUGCUCUGGAGGACCCGCCCACAAACCAGCACCCAUUCGAGAGGGGUAUUCUGGGACAUGCUUUUAGCAAUGUAGAGCAUUACACACGCACACACACACACACACACACACACACACACACACACACACACACACACACACAUCCACGUUUACCUUCUGAUCCCCAUCAGUCCUCUGCCAUAGAUCUAGAUCUCAUAGAAAGAAGCUACUUAAAGCAUUCCGUCUAGUUCUGAAACCCUGACCCCCCUACCCUAACGUAAAAGACGACAGCACAGUCAUUCCAAGAGAUUCCACUGCCGCCUUUGUCGCUGACCUCGACGCCAUUAGAGGAAUCCUCAAAGUAAAAAUCCACAGCCCCAACCCCCAUGCAACAAAGGCAUUAAACGAGGCAGAGAAGCAUUCCAUGUUCGCGCACACACGCACAUACACGGAAUCUUGACUUUUUAUGCAUAAAAACCAACUGUUCACAGGAUCCCGGGAGGUCCAAAAAGUCUGCAUAAAGUAGCCUAGGCUUUGUGUGACUUAAGGCCAAUGAGGUGACACAAAAUCUCAGCUGCAUCCUACCCGAGGUCCCGUGAAUGUUGAUCAAAUACAUUCCCUCUCGUCUUGCUCUGCCAGCGUCGGCAUCCCCCAGUGAUACAGCCAACACGUCAAACAACCACAGGCCUCCGUUUCAACUCGUCAAAUGCAUCAUGGGACAAAAGUGAUUUUCCAGUCAUUGUGUCCACUGCCAGCUCUCACAUCCAGGACCAGAACCUAGGGAUGCAAAGAUAAAUUUUUACAUUGAUUUAUUUAUUUUUACUUCCAAUUUGAUCCCGAUACAGUAAUCCCUCGCCACUUUGCGCUCCAGGACCAGAACUUAGGGAUGCAAAGAUCAAUUUUUACAUUGAUUUAUUUAUUUUUACUUCCAAUUUGAUCCCGAUACAGUAAUCCCUCGCCACUUUGCGCUUCAAAUUUCGCGGCUUCACUCUAUCACAGUUUUUCAAUAAUAUAUUAAUUAGUAAGUCUAGCUGUUUUGUGCCGAUCUUUACAGCCUAUUAUUAGUAAAAAAAUGAUGCAUAUUUAAGCAAAUUUGAAAUUUUUUGCCUAAAUGAAGCAUUUCCACGCAUAUUUUUGCUAAAUGAAGUAAAAUACAAAUAUAAGGCAUUCAGAAGACGCGUUCAAAGAUGUGUAUUCUACACUGGUCACUAGGUGUCAGUAAUGUUACUGUAAUGUUGGGUGAGACACACAAGCACCAGCUUGUCACUUCCUAUCCAACACAGGAACACAUUUACGGCAACACACAUGAGCACAAAUCUUCUUUGUCUUAUUUUCUCUUACUAUGUCUACUGUAUUUGGUAAUAGGAGUGUAAAGGUGGCUAUAGAGUUGUUUAUUUAUUGUCUAGAGGGCUCUAAUGUUAAAAACCACAUUUAGAAGUUCGUAGACCACAAAAACUUUCCAUUUUUAAAUAAGGAAUCCUACUUUGCGAAAAAAAUUCACUUAUCACAGUCGGGUCUGUAACCAAUUAACCACGAUAAACGAGGGAUUAUCUGAAUUUGGACAUUUGCCGAUGCCCAUACAAUUCUGGGAACCAUGGAACCACGUCAAAAGAAUAUCAGCAGAUGUAGCUGGAAGAAUAUCGGCACACGCACACUGACGCAUUCACAGCCCAACAGACAGUUGGACAACACAGAAAAUCGCACCUAACUUCCGGGUCAUUACAUUAUCAUUGUUGUUGAUUUUGAGUGAGGCUGUAAUAAACUCCGGUCUACACGCAAGGAUGAUAUUGUAGCGAUCCGGACGUUUUUUGUAGUCUGGAUGCCGGACUGUUUUGUGUGGCCGUGAGUGAGGAGACCGCAUGCAGUGCAUGUGUGGGGACAGCCACUGUACACUUUGCUGAUACUCUUUUGGCUAUGUUUGCUGAUAUUCUUCUAAAUAAGUUUGCUGACAACAUUAAAGCAAAGACGUGGCUCACGGGUCGGAAAUCUCCUGCAAUUUCCGAUGGUAUCGGAACCCGAUACUGGAUUGGAUCGGUCACACGCCUACCAAAACUUUGUGCACUUUUUUUGGUUUGUGUGCAGUGAAACAUUGCAAUAUAUGUCAAUACUCCAUCAUAUACAGUAUAUAUCGAAUGUAAGAACAUGUCAGCUAUUGAACACAUCUCGUGUGUCACAUGAACUCAUCUCAUGAAUUAACUCACUAUUUAUUCCUCCUUUGCUAUAUAUGUAUGUCUAUAUGCAUAUGAAUAUAUACAUGUACUGUGUGUACUGUAUAUACGUAUUUACUGUACGUGUUGACAUAUAUGAAUGUAUGAGCAAUGUGUCUGUAACGUGUAGGUAUCGUCCGUGUGUCUUAUAUAUCACUUUAUGCUCUUGUAGAACUCAAUAAUUGGCUUUCCCACAUCUCAUUUGAGGAGUGACAUGUACUAAAUGAAUACUCGCAUAUGACGUGCAUGUAAAGCCUUCCCUGUGAUCACAAUAGUGGAAUCAGGCGUCCCCAAGCGGAGCUGGAGCAGCAUGAUGAUGAUGAUGAUGAUCAUGAUAACUUGUGCAUUUACAUUCAGGCGCAGGUGGCAGUGUGGACUGUGUGCAUCACCUCCAUGUUUGUGUGUCUUUACGCCACCAUUUCCACUGUCAUGUUUUGACCUUCUCCCUCGCGCGUUCCCAGCUCAGCUCCACUAGGGGGCGCUCUUCCAUCCAGCCAGAUAACUCAGCAGCUCCAAUGUGACUGCAGAGGUUGUCUGGUAGACUUCCAAACAAAUGUGGUCCAGGUCCGCCUGAUUCAGACCUGACUAAACGCUGCCAGAUGCAUUGCAGUGUUGAAGCAGCGUUUCCUGACGUCCAAACAUGGCGAAUACUAUCCUGUUUGCGGGGGUGGCUUUCAGCUGACUACAAGCUCUCCCUUGAAGGGCGAGAUGUCCUUCCCACAUUCUGGCUCUGGCCGCCGCUUCCUGUCCGCACCGAGUGUCCUUUGGCCCACACGCCGCCGCACGCGCUCUGUUGUGUUUGUCCAAGUGUUUGGCAACGCACAUCAGGUGCACUAGUUCAACAGUUUGAGAUCAUGUUCAAAAAUGUGUCACACUGUUUUUUUUCCCCCACCUCAUCAUGACCCGGAGACCACACAAAGUUAUAAAAUAUCACAUUAUCAGCCACGUAUAAUCCUUCAUUUACAAGCAAAAGUAAGCACACCUGCUAUACUACACUGCUCUCAUGAAGACAUGCAGCAACAUCUGCAGAAUGACAAUGAUUUGCCUGAAGUUGGAGUAGUGACUUACAAUAUACAGCCGUCCCUUGCCUCUUCGUGGUUCGAACAUUGCUCCCUUACGCUAUUGCGUUUCUCAAAAAUUAAUUAAUAAAUGAUCACUGUUUCGUGGUUGACUAUGGCAUAUUAGUCAGAAAUAUUGAAAAUCAUAUGUAAUGUACACUGGUCACUAAUCAAUAAUUUUACGUUGAUGAGACAAUACCUCAUACAUUACACGGCCUUAACUUUCACUGCAUGCAGUCAGCCAUGGAUGCAGAGUGAAAAAAAGUUCUCCUCCAAUUCCGUGUGGAAGUGGUAUGUUUUUGCUUCUUACUUUGUCUUUCUUCCCUACUCAGUUCCAAACCCUUAAGCUUAAAAUAAAUCAGUUGAGGCUAACUAGUUAGUUUGGUAACUUGCUACGCUUAAACCGGCAACCGUCUCGUGUCCCUGCAGAGAUCCCUUAGCCUACGUGUAAGAAUUGCGCAUUGUGGUGUAAACAAAGACCAUUAAGUUAGAGAUACAACAACAAACUUUCCCAAUGAUAAUGUGUGAGGUAUAAUGUCAUUAUUAUCGCUGACCAUGUCUACUAUACUGUGUAAUAGGAAUGUAAAGGUGACUGUAGGGGUCCUAUGUCAUGUCUGGAGGGCUAUAAUAAUGAUAAACACAUUUAGAAGGUUGUAAACAGAUUUUUUUAUGCUCUAACUAUGAAAAUAUUCCAUUCAUUAAUAUUGAAUCCUACUUUGCGGAAAUUCACUUAUCACGGGCCGUUCUGGGACCAAUUAAUGGCGAUAAAUGAGGGAUGACUCUAUACCAUAUACAAUAUUCCAUUAAAAUACAAAGCGUAGUACCCAAAAUUGAAAGCACUCUUAGUGCAGAAGUGCUUAACUUAAUUUCAGCAUGAAUGUUAUAUUUAGGAGCACAUUUUAACUAACGCUGCAACUGACAAUGAUUUUCUUAGUCGAUUAAUCUAAAGCUUGUUUUGAUGACUCGAGUGAUCAGUUAGGCCCUAGACUAGGCCUGUCACAAAAAUUUUGCUCAGCGAUAAAUGGCCUACAAAUUAUUGUCGAUAAUCGAUAUUAUUGACAUCUUUUGAGACCAUUUUUUUCAUUAUUUAUAUACAGUAGCAUAAUAAUGCCUCGUAUCAAAACCAAUAAAAUUUAAUUUCUCAACUCAACUCAAAACCCCAAUGAAAAUAAAAUGGACUGCCAGUCUCUUUUAGCAAAAAUUGCGUUUUAAUAAAACAAUCAUAACGAAAAACAAAAGAUAGGCCCUGUAGUAUCAAGUCUCUGUAAACAAAAUUGCAAUUUAAUAAAUAAUGAACAUUGGGUAUUAUUCCUUAACAGGAAGGCUUAACAUAUAGCUAACAACACUGUGGGUAUGCACCAUUUUGCACUAUUUUGUUUAGAUUUAUUUUAAUGCCUCAGUAAGCGUUGACUGUCGGGACGAAGGCUCCGCUGCCCACGGCACCUCCAUCGGUAGUUUUUUUUCCCAGUUGGGAAAAUUGUUGGUGUCGGUCGUCAGUGUUCAUGCGCUCAUUUUGUUUAAAUCCGAAAUAUUCCCACACUGGGGCUGUGGCGUUCGCCUUAAAAACCAUCGCGUCUGUGCCUUCUUUCAUGUUAGCGUAUGCUGACUCACAAGGCUAACUUGCUGCUAGCACUCUGUAUCAACUCACUACAGUAGUAGCCCCGCCUCCACAAAGAUGCAGAAUGAGAGGAGGGGUUCACUCUCUGUUCAUUCUAUGAUAUUUAAUUAGCUAUUGAUUAAUCAUCAAUUCAUUGUUUAGUUUUCCAAAUAUUUCAACUUUAUACAUAAUCUUUGUAAAAAAAAAAAAAAAAUCGGAAUAUUAUGACUUUAUUCCCAUAAUAUUUUGACUUCAUUUCCAUAACAUUAUAACUUUUUCCGCAACUUAAUUUCCCAUAAAUCACAACUUUGUUUCUCAUAUUACGACUUUUUAUAAAAUAUUUUUUUUCUUUAAUAUUUGAACGCUAUAGUAAUGAAAUGACAUUAUAUUUCUUCAUAUUACAACGCUAUUGUCGUAAAAUUGUGACUUUCUGUCAUAUUAGAUUACUUAGAAUAUUUUUUUUUUAAUUACAGCUGUUUUUCCCCAUUUCUGCUGCCAACUGUUUCAACUUUCUUCUUGUGAAUUUUCCUCUCAUAAUUAUGACUUUAUCCCCAUAAUAUUUAGACUUUAUUCUUGUAACAUAACUUUUUCCACAACCGAAUUUUCCAAAAAUGACAACUUUAUUUUUGUUUUGUUUGCUUCUCAUAUUACGACUUUAAAAAGGGUCUUUUUUUCUUUAAUAUUUCAACUUUAUGCUACUAAAAUACAUUUUUUCUUCAUAAUAAUAUCACGACUAAAAUUACCACUUUUAUGAUUAAACUUUUCUUGUACAUUGACUUUAUUUUUGUGAAAUUACUGCCAAUAAAAAUUGAUAAAUUGACUAAGUAAAUAAUUGUUGGUUGCAGCACUAAAGUAUUUUAAACAGCAAUGUUUCCCAGGAAAAACGAGGGCUAACAGGUAUGAUGAACAAACAAAUCAACACUGCCACCUGCUGUCCAGUCAAUGUAAUGCCUCCUAUGCCUUUUCUUUACUUGCAAAUUGACCCUAGCUGGAUUGUGUUACAAAGUGUGGUGUAACAUUGUAGCGUUGUAGUGCUCAUUUUAUUUUGUGUAACGAUGUGCCACCAGCAUCGCGUUGGGAGGUCUGACCCUGCUUCGCUAUAUUAUUUCAAACUUUGAAUGUCAAACGUGAACUAGCCUUUGUGUAUAUUGUUCUGUACCAUGCACUAAGUGGUGAAUUGCUGCAUUUAAUGUUAAAGCCGGCCUACUAUAUAUGCGUCUACGGUAACGUGUGAUGAACUUCUUGCAGGGAUGUUUGUCGUUGAAUUGUUUUGCUUUGUUAGGAGAAGCUGGAAGGGCCCGCAGGAUAGGGAAAGGUUCAUGACUUGACGCCGUCAUUACUGUGCAUGUUGCUAGACGAGGCGCUGGAUCCUAAAUGGAAUGAAUUCACAGCGCUGGUUUCGACCGCAGAGGAUUGUGAAAGCUUCACGCUGGAGCCAGGCUCCAAGUGAUGUUGUCCAUCUCGAAGAAGUUUGCUCAUUUGACUCCCAAAUAACUUCCCGUGAUUUUUUUUGGAGUACAAAUGUGAAGUCUCCUGUGGUGUAAUUUGGACAUCUGCGCUUGAAGACUCUUGUUGGACUGACAACUGAUACUCCACAUCGUGGAAACUCAUCUUGCUCAACUCGUUCACCAGUUUUGUCCGCCGAGCAGUCUGCUUUAUCCACCUGGGAGUUUUUCAAACACGCUUUGGAAUCGACCAACAAGGUUGCGUCGGGGCCAGGUGGAGGGCAGACGCCAUCUUGUCCUCCUCAAUGGUUUCUCGCACAAGAGUCCACUGCCUGACUCCUCCCGGAGUCUGUCAUCUCGUCUCCCACCUUCAUUCGUGCCCAUGGACAGAUGAUGAUGAUGAUGACGAUGACAACGCUGCUGCUGCCACUCACCGAUGCGACCCAGACGACACAGCAGCCCACCCGAAGCCUUACACAGUGUGCUGUUCACUUUGUGUAUUUCACAUCACACGACAGGAAGGCAAGGCUUUGUUGAAGUGCACUUGAUUUAAGAUUGCAAUCUUGUUUUGGUUUUUCUUAUAUUGGACAACUUUGUUAAAAAUAAACGUCUGAGUU